AUGGCUUCUACCUCAACAAUGUCACUGGUCACACCACUUAACCAGACCCGCUCAUCGACCUUCUUCAACCUAUUACCUCUGAAACCAUCCAAGGCCAUGGCUGCACCUGGAGGCAGAACUCAGAGGCUCCAAGUUAAGGCUUCGAAGAUCAAGUUCGACAAGGCUCUAACCGGAAUCUCAGCCGCUGCUCUCACCGCUUCCAUGGUCAUCCCGGAGAUGGCUGAAGCCGCCGGUCCAGGUAUCUCUCCGUCUCUCAAGAAUUUCCUGCUCAGCAUUGCUUCUGGUGGCGUCGUCCUCACCGCCAUCAUCGGUGUCGUCGUCGGUGUCUCCAACUUUGACCCUGUCAAGAGAACCUAG